AUGAACCUAGAUCGACAUUCGCCAAGUCCAACAACAAUUCGAUUAAUAAGUCCUCGACCAUUCUAUCGAUCACAAAUUACUCCAGACCCAUUCGAUUAUUCGAAUAAUACGAAUAAUAACCAACCAUAUCAACUCCAACGUCAAUACUCUGCAAAUCAAAUAAGUGGUUCUCCAGUUCCAACUUCAUAUUUCUCUGAUCAUGAACCAUCAUCUCCAACGUGUUCCUUACAUUCUCAAUAUAAUCAACAAUAUCGAUCGGCAAAUAACAAUCAACGUAGCGCAUUAAUCAGUGUGAGCGCAUCUCAAUCACCCUUGAUCACAAUUGCGUCAGGCGGUUCAACAAAUCGUCAGCAAAUUCGCUUUUCAUCCGUACCAAAAGCAACCAAAUCAACAUUACAUGAAAUUCGUAUCUCUCGACCAGAUUCACCGACAAUAUCCAUCAAUCGAUCAGGAACUAAUCAACCAAUUACAUUUACCACUACUCCCAACGGUAGUACGAUAACAAACGGAACUAGUGGCGCAUUUCAUAUCUCACUUGGAACUCCAUCCAGUCCAACACAACGCGAAACAUUUCAUCAAAUUCGUGAUGCGUCAAAUCGUUUUACGCCAGUUAUGGUUUAUACAACACCGACAACAAAUGCAUUUGAUCGCCCGCCAGCAGUUGUUAAUCUACCACCACCAUCUCUAUCAAUACGAAAUGGUCAUUUUAUUCGACGCGAACAGCCCGACAUCGACCAUUUAGCAAAACUUCUAAUGAGAACUAUUCACACAGCAACUGAAGGAAAUGUCAUAGGAACAUGUGGAAGAUGUAAUGAUGAAAUCAUUGGCGAAGCGAAUGGAUUAGUCGCUAUGGAUCGUAUGUAUCAUGUUCCGUGUUUCACAUGUACAAUGUGCGGUUGUCGUCUGCGUGGUAUGCAUUUCUAUUCAAUGGAAAACCAACCUUACUGUGAAUCAUGUUAUAUCCAUUCAUUGGAAAAAUGUGUGGUCUGUGCCUUACCAAUCACCGAUCGAAUUCUCCGUGCUACUGGCAAACCUUAUCAUGCCCAAUGUUUUUGUUGCAUUGCUUGUAAGAAGAGUCUCGAUGGCGUUGCAUUCACCGUCGAUGCCGCCAUGCAAAUUCAUUGUAUUGAUUGUUUCCAUCAAAAAUUUGCCCCACGAUGCUUUGUCUGCCAUCAACCAAUUUUACCAACAUCGAAUGAAGAAGAAACCGUUCGCAUCGUAGCGCUCGAUCGAAGUUAUCAUGUCGAUUGUUAUCGAUGUGAAAAUUGUAAAACACAAUUUGACUCGGAGCAAGGCUGUUACCCCAUUGAUGAUCAUUUGUUUUGUUCUCAAUGCAAUCGAAUAUAUACAAAAUCGAUUCAUGGCUCAUCAUAA